CUCUGGCAUUAACCCCAGCACAGAAACUGUGCCCUGUGGGCUUCAUGGAAUGGGCUUCCAUGGCCGAGCAGCUGCACGCAAGCCUCACAUCGCCAAGUGUAAUGCCAAGCAUCGGAUGGAGUGGUGUAAAGCACACUGCCACUGGACUCUGGAGCAGUGGAAACGUGUUCUGCGGAGUGAGGAAUCACGCUUAUCUGUCUGGCAGUCUACGAGUGCGGGUUUGAGGAGAAUGCCAUCAAACACCUUUGGGAUGAACUAGAGUGGAGAUUGAGAGCCAGUCCUUCACGUCCAACGUCAAUGCCUGACCUCACACUUGCUCAUAGACAGACACACCCCACAGUCCUAUAGAAAGCCUUCUCAGAAGAGUGGCAGCUGUUACAGCUGCAAAGGGGGACAAACUCUACAUUGAUGCCUAUGGAUUUAGAGUGUGAUGUCAUAAAAGUUCCUGUAGGUGUAACGGCCAGGUGUCCCAGUACUUUUGUCCUUGUAGCGUUUGAUGUAUUGAUGAAUUCUGUAAGUAUCCUGUGCAGUGAUGGCCUGCUUCUUGUUUCCAGUCGGACUGAACUCGGUGCCGUGGUAACGGCCUCUCUCCCCUCUUCCUGCAGAUGACAACAGACUCAGCAGGCUGAGCUUCCAGGAUGCCGGGGCUAAGACGGAGCAUGACGGGGCCUCCUUGGGCUCCCGGGACGCCACAGAGGGGCUCAAGCCAAGACCAUGCGAUGCCUCUGCAGAUUCUGAGGGUAGCCCGGCCCCUGGCUUCGACACACAGGCCGCCGACGGCAGCCCGGAUAUGGAGAUGGCGCUGGACAACCAGGACUGCGAUGACAAUAAUGCUGCCACAGACAGCUCCACCUGGAGCCCUGAGGAGCAGACCGGGGGGGAGGGGCCGGCCGGGACCCCGCCUCCCAGCAGCCACCAGCCCAUCUCCAAGUGUGGCGACCUCAUCGUCAUCCUGGAGUACAAGGCGUUGCCGCGGAGGCUGCUGGUCACCGUGGUGACGGCGCGGGACAUCCCAGACAAGGAGCGUAGCGGCGUCGACUCCUGGCAGGUGCACGCCGUGCUGCUGCCGUCUAAGAAGCAGCGGCACAAAACGGGCGUGCAGCGGGGGCCGACGCCCCUCUUCGGGGAGACCUUCCGCUUCUCGCAGCUGGAGCCGGCCGAGCUGCGCAGUUGCGCCCUGCGCUUCCGCCUCUACGCAGCGGGGAGGAUGGUGCGCGAGCGCAUGAUGGGCGAGACGCUGUUCUACUUGAAGGACUUGACCCUGGAGGCCGAGAUGGAGGCCUGCUUAAUGCUGGCACCCCGGAGCAACAUGAAG